CUUACACAGGGUCUGACUUCGGGGUCAACUUCUACAUGGCUUCUUGCGUGUGCGUGUGUGUGCACAGGCGUGACUGUACGCGCGUGCACAUCUCCGCCUCUCGUACCCACCUCCCAUCACCACGAAGGGUCCCAACCCCAUGAUACUCGGGGACUUGGGCUCCACGGCUCUCAGCUCAGUGGCCUGGGACGAGGGCAGGGGACGCAGGCGAGGCCAGGAAAAGGAGGCGAGGCUGUGUUGCGGUGUUCUGAGAUGUACCCCCGGCUCCAGCCAACUUCCCCUCGGGGAGCCUUGAUCCCCUCCCGGGGCAACCGAUGGACGUGCAGCGGCCCCCGCCCCUGCUCCGGUCCCCUCCCCGCGCGGCUCCCACGUCCGACCUGCCUCGCGCUCACAAAAUGAACCACCGCCUCGCGUCGCAGCGGCCGCUGCCGCCGCGCCCGCUUCCGAGCUCGAGAGCCGGAGCCGCCCGGCCCCUUCGUCGUCGCCGGCGCCGCGGCCGCCCCGCCUGCCCGGCUGGUCCCGGGCUGCUCCGAUCGCGCGGUCCCCGGCUCUUGACGCAGUGAGCGCCGCAGCCCGGCUCCCGCAGGCUCCUCUCCGCUCCCGGCGAGAGGCCGAUUCCCAACCCGGCGGGCUCCGGGAGGGGCGGGCAACGCGGGAGGGGGAGGAGGUCUGUCUGGAACCAGCAAGAACCCCGAGGAGGAAGAGGAGGAGGAAGCAGGGGCAGCCGCCGGCGCCGCCACCGCGGCGCUCCGGGGACUUGGGCGCGCGCGCUCUGCUAGCCGGCGACCGAGCUGUCAGCCCUGGGGGCCAAAACCCGGUUCAGAUUUCCAAGACACAGUGACUGUGUCGGCUGUCCGUUCCUGAGAACCCCACUCAGUAAGCACUAGGAGAAUACAAAGUCCUCAGUUUCCAAGUUCAGCCGGUGCUUGAAGGCCUGGCAGAAGGAAGCAGCGAGUACUUCAGGCAGAGGAACGGGGCAAAGCCACCAGGACACACAGGCCCAUGGGAAAGCAGGCUGUGGCCACCUCAGGACCGGAGAGAACGACAAGGGGCAGCAGGCAGUGAGGGAGCCAUUCUCCCUCCAGGCACCUGCGCCAUGCAGCUUGGGACAGGACAUCUCUGACAGUGCAGGCAGUACUCCAUCCCACCUCUAAGUCCCCUGGGGGGGGGGCCAUUGCCCAGCCCUCCCCUCCCCCAUCCCCACAAGCAGUGUCCCAAGAUGGCUAGGCACGGGUGGGGUGCACCGUGGGUACUUGUGGCAGCCGCCACGUUACUGCACGCGGGUGGGCUGGCCCAAGGUGACUGCUGGCUGAUCGAGGGUGACAAGGGCUUCGUGUGGCUGGCCAUCUGCAGCCAGAACCAGCCGCCCUAUGAGGCCAUCCCCCAACAGAUCAACAACACCAUCGUGGACCUGCGGCUUAACGAGAACCGCAUCCGCAGUGUGCAGUAUGCCUCCCUGAGCCGCUUUGGAAACCUCACAUACCUCAACCUCACCAAGAACGAGAUCGGCUACAUCGAGGACGGGGCCUUCUCUGGCCAGUUCAACCUCCAGGUGCUGCAGCUGGGUUACAACCGGCUGCGCAACCUUACGGAGGGCAUGCUGCGGGGCCUGAGCAAGCUUGAGUACCUGUACCUGCAGGCUAACCUCAUCGAGGUGGUGAUGGCCAGCGCCUUCUGGGAGUGUCCCAACAUAGUCAACAUAGAUCUCUCCAUGAACCGCAUCCAGCAGCUGGGCAGCGGCACCUUCGCAGGCCUGACCAAGCUCUCAGUGUGUGAGAUUUACAGCAACCCUUUCUACUGCUCCUGUGAGCUGCUGGGUUUCCUGCGCUGGCUGGCCGCCUUCACCAACGCCACGCAGACCCAUGACCGGGUGCAGUGUGAGUCUCCUCCGGUCUACGCAGGCUACUUCCUCCUGGGCCAGGGCCGCCAUGGCCACCAACGUAGCAUCCUUAGCAAGCUGCAGUCUGUGUGCACUGAGGGUUCCUACACUGCUGAGGUGCUUGGCCCACCUCGCCCGGUGCCAGGCCGGUCACAGCCAGGACAUUCACCACCUCCGCCUCCUCUGGAGCCCAGUGACAUGCCCUGCGCUGAUGACGAGUGCUUCUCCGGAGAUGGCACCACACCGCUGGUGGUCCUGACUACGCUGGUCCCUCAGACGGAGGCCCGUCCCUCCAUGAAGGUCAAGCAGCUGACCCAAAACUCGGCCACCAUCAUGGUGCAGCUGCCGAGCCCAUUCAACCGCAUGUACACACUGGAGCAGUACAAUAAUAGCAAAUCGUUCACCGUGUCCAAGCUGACCCAGCCUCAGGAGGAGAUCCGCCUCACCAAUCUCUACACACUCACCAACUACACAUACUGCGUGGUCUCCACCAGCUCCGGCACUCAUCAUAACCACACCUGCCUUACCAUCUGCCUGCCCAAGCCGCCCAGUCCACCAGGCCCCGUGCCCAGCCCCUCCACAGCCACCCACUACAUCAUGACCAUCCUGGGCUGCCUCUUCGGCAUGGUACUGGUUCUGGGCGCCGUCUACUACUGCCUGCGCAAGCGAAGGCGACAGGAGGAGAAACACAAGAAGGCUGUGGCAGCGGCAGCUGGCAGCUUGAAAAAGACCAUCAUCGAGCUUAAGUACGGCCCUGAGAUUGAGGCGCCUGGUCUGGCUCCCCUGACCCAGGGUCCGCUGUUGGGCCCUGAGGCUGUGACUCGAAUACCCUACCUGCCAGCUGCCACCAGCGACGUGGAGCAGUAUAAGCUAGUGGAGAGCAGCGAGACCCCCAAGGCCACCAAGGGGAACUACAUUGAAGUGCGCACAGGGGAGCCGCAGGAACGCAGAGGCUGUGAGCUUAGCAGGCCAGGUGAACCCCAGAGCUCGGUAGCCGAGAUCUCCACCAUUGCCAAGGAAGUGGACAGAGUCAACCAGAUCAUUAACAACUGCAUCGACGCACUCAAGUCUGAGUCCACCUCCUUCCAGGGCACCAAAUCGGGGGCCGUGUCCGCGGCUGAGCCGCAGCUGGUGCUGCUGUCCGAGCCUCUGGCCAGCAAGCACAGCUUCUUGUCUCCUGUAUACAAAGAUGCCUUUGGCCACGGUGGCCUGCAGCGGCACCACAGUGUGGAGGCUGCGCCCGGGCCCCCGAGGGCCAGCACUUCAUCCAGCGGUUCUGCACGCAGCCCUCGCACCUUCCGAGCUGAGGCCACCGGCACACAUAAGGCCCCAGCCACUGAGACCAAGUACAUUGAAAAAAGCUCACCCGUGCCCGAGACCAUCCUCACUGUGACACCCGCGGCCACUGUGCUGCGGGCAGAGGCCGACAAGAGUCGCCAGUACGGCGAGCAUCGGCACUCGUACCCCGGCUCCCACCCUGCCGAGCCACCUGCUCCUCCACCACCUCCACCCACGCACGAGGGCUUGGGUGGCCGCAAGGCAUCUAUCCUAGAGCCUCUGACCCGGCCACGACCCCGAGACCUCGUCUAUUCGCAGCUGUCCCCGCAGUACCACAACCUGAGCUAUUCAUCUAGCCCCGAGUACACCUGCAGGGCAUCCCCAAGCAUCUGGGAGCGUCUCAGACUGAGCCGGCGGAGACACAAGGAUGAUGCGGAGUUCAUGGCGGCUGGCCACGCCCUGCGCAAGAAGGUCCAGUUUGCCAAAGACGAGGACCUGCAUGACAUCCUAGACUACUGGAAAGGCGUGUCCGCCCAGCACAAGUCCUGAACCUCCCUCCACCCUUUGGCAGGGCCCAAGGUAGCCUGGCCCUGUCCUCUCCGAAACUCGUGAUGCCCAUUGGACCAAAAAGGAUAGACCAGCCACAGCAGCUAUCCCUGACUGAGACUUAACACUAAAUCCAACAUAUGUGCACAACCAGGGGCCGCUGCAUACAGCACCUGGCCACAGGGACAGCUUGGGGAGGCCGCAGGUGGCCGCGACAGUAGAUAUACUAACUUCCAUGUAAACUGUAAUGUGCCUGCUGCCUGGUGCAAGCAAGCAAGACACACACACACACAAACACAAACAUACACACACUCACACACUCAUACACUUUCACACACACUCACACACUUAUACAUACUCACAUACACAAAUGCAUACACAGGCAUGUGCGAGUGCACACACAAACAUACGCACACAUGCUCCCACUCACACACGCACAUGCACACACAUGCACACAUGGGACUUCGGAAAACUGUGUCUUACGGGUGGGGGCGGGGGAGGGGAAGUUUUUCCAUUAUCUUUCCUGUUUUGAGCCUUCUCUUCCUUUUCCUUCUUUCUUCUCUCUUUCUCUUUAUUUUCUUCCUUUUUAAAAAAAUAUAUAUAAAAGUGAAAAUCUUUAAAAAAAAAAAAAGAAAAGAAAAAAGAAAGAAGAAAGAACUAAGUCACCUAGUGUGGGGCGAACGACCAAGUACAGCCAGCUUUCUGGCAUCCCCUAAAUACAAUCUCCCAGGCUGUGGAGUGCAGAUGGGUAGAGCGUCUGGAGACUGUGAGACUCUAGUGGGGAGGUGGAGUCUGUGCCUGGGGAGUGGUCAGGGUGGCAAGAGGGGUGCAGGCUGGGAAACAUUGUGUGGUCCCCCCACCUCGACCCCAUCUUCAUUGUACACUGUAGCUGUUCUAUUGUACAGAAAAAAAAUCUAUAUUUGCAAAGUUUGCUGUAAAAUGAGAGAGAGAAAACAAGACUAUGUCUACUAAAAAAAAAUCUGCAAAGGAAAAAAACUCCAAA